CCCGCCGCCGCCGCGCCCCCGUCCCCAUUGUCCCCCGGCGGCCGCCGGCUCCAUGAGCGCCUCCUCCCGCCCCCGCCUCUGAGCCUCCCGCCCGCCGCCUCAUGGCUGCAUCGGAAGAAGGGCCCGGCUGCUUUCUCCCGCGAGGCAGAUCGCAGAGUGACCCCAGCAUCCUCACCGAGCCCGCGGGCCCCGGAGCCGGGGAGCACGCAGAUGAGAUGGAGCAGUCUCCUGCAGUGCGUUCUGACUACUUGGUCUCAGGGAUUAGAACUCCACCAGUGAGGAGAAACAGCAAACUGGCAACACUGGGCAGGAUCUUCAAACCCUGGAAGUGGCGGAAAAAGAAAAAUGAGAAGUUAAAGCAGACCUCUGCAGUGCUGGAGAAGAAAAUGACAGCACGACAGGGUCGGGAUGAACUCAUUAAGAAAGGCCUUCUGGAAAUGAUGGAACAGGAUACUGAAGGAAAAGCCUGCACUGGUGAUGAUGCCACAAGAGCAACACAGAGUGACACUCCAGCUUGUGUACCUGUGUGCCAGGCACUCGACUCUGAAGAGAUGCAGCAAGAGAGUACAACAGCAGCCACGACAGAUGUAACCUCACUUAGUGAAGAGCUGCAUUUGGAUGAGCUGAAAGAAGAUGCAGCCAAGAAACCUUCAGCACCCAAGGAAGAAUUGGAAGAUGCCAGUCUGCCAGCAUCUGAAGACAGUCCACAAGCCUUACUUGCACCUGAAACCACAGAUUCUCCCCAGAAACCGACAGAAGGAAAUCCAGUGCAGCUUCCCAGCCCUCCAUUGCUCCCAGCUCCACCACCUAAGGCAAUCUCCAAAAUCACAAAGAGUGUCACAGCAGGAAGCGACACAGAUGACCCAGCCAUGAAGUCUCCUCCUUCCACUAUCCUGAAGAAUUAUGUAGUUGUUGGCUCCUCUCAAAUCUCAGGACAAGCUGGCCUCUUCCAUUCCUCUGGCCAGAAAAGCUCCGAGUCGCACGUCAGAGGACAGGUAACAACGCCGACUGGCUCCCCUCACCUGGCUGCUGUCCACCUGCCUUUACCUCCCAGCAGAGUCAUUGAAGAACUCCACAGGGCUCUGGCCACCAAACACCGGCAGGACAGCUUCCAUGGAAGAGAAAGCAAAGGCUCUCCAAAAAAAAGAGUGGAUGUCCGUCCAUCCAGAACGUCUAGCAUUGAGCGCAACAAAGAAAAGGAGAACUCCCUGAAUUACAGCAGUGAUACAGAAAAUAAGAGGAAUUCAGUUAAAGAGUCGGAUGAGAACAAAGAAAACAUGAUAAUGAACUCAGAGCUUAAGGAAGACUCUGUUUUUUAUCAGGAUGAGGAAGUUUUGAAUGACUCCAUUAUUUCUGGUACUUUGCCAAGAAAAUGCAAGAAAGAACUGUUGGCAGUAAAACUACGAAACAGACCAAGCAAGCAGGAGCUGGAAGACAGGAAUAUUUUCCCGAGGAGGACAGAUGAGGAAAGACAGGAAAUCCGGCAGCAAAUUGAAAUGAAGCUCUCAAAGCGACUCAGCCAAAGACCUGCUGUUGAGGAGCUAGAAAGAAGAAAUAUACUUAAACAACGAAACGAUCAAACCGAACAGGAAGAAAGAAGGGAAAUCAAACAAAGACUGACAAGAAAGCUUAACCAGAGACCUACAGUAGAUGAACUAAGAGACAGAAAGAUCCUGAUUCGAUUCAGUGAUUAUGUAGAAGUGGCAAAAGCACAGGACUAUGACAGACGAGCAGAUAAACCAUGGACAAGACUAUCAGCAGCCGAUAAGGCAGCAAUUCGGAAAGAGCUAAAUGAAUACAAAAGUAAUGAAAUGGAAGUACAUGCAUCAAGUAAACAUUUGACAAGAUUUCACAGGCCGUAGAAAUUUUCUUCUGAGAAGAAUCUGCCCUUACUUUUUGAUAUUGCUGCUGAACACGCGUCAGGGAAUCAUCUUUCCCUAAUGUUCAGUCCUGGAUACCUUGAUGUUUAUGAGAAAGGAGGACUGCGGAUGAAAACUCUGCAGCACUUCAAUAAAGAGGGAAACACCAGAGGUGUUCUUCACCUUGAAGCCAGAAGAGCAAUGGCCUGUUGAAUGGGAUUAGCUGCUGAAAAAGACUGAAGUAAAACUACUUGAAAGAACCUACUACUCUCCUUUACCACUUGUUUUAAACUGUUUUGCAGUCUAUCAUGGAAAAGGAGAUGUGCAUGUACAGGCUUUACCAUUCCAAGGCCUCUGACAUAAUGGACAUGACGCACUGUCAGUCAGUAUUACGUUGACAAGACAUUUUGAACUUACCACAAUUAGUUUGUAAAACGCUUAAGUUCAUGUUCUAAAAACUAAUUUAAUGUAUUAUAAUUUCAUUCUUUUUUUAUAUAUUGUCUAACAAACACAGCUGCAAGCAUUUUUGACUCCUGUUACUUUUGUUCCUUAAUUAAAUGAUUACUUAUUGCAGGAAAUGAACAUGUUUCCUGAAGAUGUUUUUUCCCAGGGACUGUUGGGAAGGGAUUUCAGUUAUUAUGCACUACGUCACAUCCCUUUUUUUAUCAACAGGGAAUCUUCAAAAAGAUCAUUUUAGCGAAGGACCUCCAUCUUACGUAAUAGCAGCAUUCUGCACCAGGCCCUUUGCAUACCGUAUUGUCAUUACACAGUAAUGGCAGAGAAUGACAGAUAAGUUCAGUUAGCCUCAUUAGAUGUGACCAGUUUGCACAACCACACAUAAACAAUUGAUAGGAAAUUGUACUUUCAUGCUUAAGAAACAAAUUAUUGUAAUGUUUUUAAUAGUAAAAAUGUAUAUAUAUAGUUUAAUGAUUUCUUGAUAGUAAAAGGAAAGAAGUUACUAACUGAUGAUAAGCAAAUGGAAUUGGUUUAGAAAAAUAUAAAAUAAUGCUUGACAUCUAGAAACAUCUGAGAAUUCUUCUCAAGGAAAACAAACAAACAAACAAAAGGAAAAAUACACUGAUACUUGGAAAGGAUGCCUUAUGGGACAGCAACAAAAUGAUGCAAACUCCCAAGACAAAAAUUUCUCUGCAGGUAUUUUAAAUGCUGUCCUUUUAGGAAGUGACUCAACAUCAGAAAUCUGAAGAGGGUGCUGUGUUACAGCUUUGUUGAGGUGAUCUCUGUGAAGCCACAAAGCAUGAAAAUAAUCAAGAAACUAAAGGUACGUAGAAUUGUUUGUAUAGACUACUUCUAAAUUGCUGCCAGCUAGUAAGUAGAAACUGCAAACAGCGGAUGGACGUUGGGCCUUUUCAGCUGCUCAGUGUGGGAAUGCAAGAAUACAAAUAGUAUUACACUUCAGGUAAACGAACAUUUAAGAGCUGAAGGUAAGAACAUACAGCGUAACACAAAACACGCAUAAGGGCAGCCCUAGAAGAAACUGAUGAAUCACAGGAGAUGUCACGCCCUGGACCAAUCAAAUUGACACAGAUAAUUCAGCUUGCUCUGUAGCUAGCUGUAGUUUUGUACAUCUUUUUAAUGUUCAUUUUACUUAUCAAAGACUUGAAUCACCCAAAUACUUGAUCCAAAGAUUUUUUUUUCUAUUAAUUGCAGUUUUUUAACUUGGUUUUUCACAGAAAUAUGUAAAUGUCCGCUUAACAUACAGUUUAUUGUAUUUAUCAACAAUUUUUUAUUAAUGCAAUACUUAUUGGUAGUUAUAUUCCAGCUGUAAUGUACAAAAAAGGGUUAGAAGGAAGGAGAGAAGUGUCUCAUAGGCAGAACCACAUCGUUUAGCUUAGGAACUGUUAACUACAGAUUUAACCAAUAGUCCAUGAAAGUAACAUGCCUGUUUGGCACUGGUGCAGACAGCACAGACCUUCACUGAUAAAAAUGUGUAACAUACAUU